AUGUCAGCUGCUAACUGGACUUUCCUCCACCCCUCCACCUUCGUCCUUGUCGGGAUCCCAGGCCUGGAAGCUUUCCAUGUCUGGAUCUCCAUCCCCUUCUGCUCCAUCUACAUCUUCUCUCUUCUUGGGAACUGUCUCCUCCUGGGGGUCGUCAAGACCGAGCCCAGCCUCCACGAGCCCAUGUACCUCUUCCUGGCCAUGCUGGCUGUGGCUGACUUGGUGGUCUCCACUACCACCUUGCCCAAAAUCUUGAGCAUCUUCUGGUUUCGACAGAGAGUCAUCCGAGCCGAUGCCUGCCUGGCCCAGGUGUUCCUGAUCCAUUCCGUCUCCACCAUGGAGUCCGGGUUCUUUGCUGCCAUGGCCUUUGACCGCUACGUGGCCAUUUGCAACCCCCUGAGACACUCCAGCAUCUUGACCAAUGCUGUCAUCGCAAAAAUAGGCCUGGUGGUCGUCAUCCGUGGAGCAGUGCUGCUCUGCCCCCACCCCUUCCUGCUGAGAGGACUGCCGUACUGCAAAGGCAACAUCAUCUCCCACACCUACUGCGAGUUCAUGGCCCUGGUGAAACUGACCUGUGCCGACACCCAAGCGACCAAAACCUACAGUCUGACUGUUGCCUUCCUGACCGGAGGGCUGGAUUUCAUCCUUAUUGUCCUAUCCUACAUCCUGAUCUUGCGGACUGUCUUCCGGCUUCCCUCCAAGAAGGCCCGGAUCAAAUCCCUGGGUACCUGCGGCUCCCACGUCUGCGUCAUCCUAGUGUCCUACACGCCGGCAUUCUUCUCGUUCCUGACCCACCGUUUCGGUCACAGCAUUGGUCUCUCCCUCCAUAUCAUUGUGGCCAACAUCUAUGUCCUGGUCCCGCCCAUGAUGAACCCCAUUAUCUAUGGAGUGAGGACCAAGAAGAUCCGAAAAGUCGUCCUCGGACUCUUCAGGUUUUCCUCUCCUCGUGACAUCAAACCUGGAAAGUAA